GGAUGGGGGUGAUUGUUUGAUCGACGUUUGUUUGGUUGUUUGCUCGAUUGAUUGAUUGAUUGAUUGAUUGAUUGAUUGAUUGAUUGAUUGAUUGGUUGAUUGAUCGGACGAUCAAGAAUCGAGCGAUUGGUAAGAGUCGUGAGAGGAUGGGGGUGACUCUUCGGUGCAAGGUGGUGGCAUUGGGAGAUGCGGGUGUGGGCAAAACGUCCUUGGUCGAUAUGCUUAAUGCGAAAGGGGCAAGCUUUCCAAAGAAUUACAAGAUGACAGCUGGCGUUAGUCUGGUCGUCGUCCCCAUUCCCCUCACUAUCUCGGGGGCUUCCAAGUUGAUGUCAACGACAAUGAUGAUGUCGAAGUCGCCCGGACUGAGCAGUGACGAAGACGAGCCGUUUUCACCUCUGGGAGGAGGAGGAGGGGGGGGGAUACUAGGAGGAGGAGAGGGAAGAUUAACACGAGGAGGAGGAGAAGGAAGAUUAGUAGGAAGAAGAAGAAGAGGAGGAGGAGGAGGAGGAGAUGGUGAUGAUGAAGAUGGGAAAGAUCCUGUGAUUGUCGAACUGUAUAUUUUCGACGUUGGGGGGCAAGAAAUUUUUCGUGAGCUGGCAAUCAAGUACUUAGAUAACGCGUCGAUGGUGUUGUUGAUUUAUGACACAACGAAUAUUAAAUCCUUUGAGAAUUGUGACAAAUGGCUGCAACUGCUUAAGAAAUGCCGCGGCGAUCGAGUCACACCAGGAGCACUAAUCGGGGCCAAAAUCGAUCUAACGGAACGACGACACGUGUCAUACGAUCAAGGCCUCGAAUUCGCGCAAUCCAACGGUCUGGAAUUUUUUGAAUGUUCCUCGUUACCUCCGGGAAUGGGAGUGGAACAACCCUUUUUGCAUAUCGCCAAUCAAUUUUAUAGAGCCUAUCAGAACGCCAUCCUGCGGAUGAGCCGCUCAUGAAUGAUUUGUCCCUCUUUUUUUUUUUUUUUUUUUUUUUAAGUACUACCGUAUUAGUAUUUCGAUAAAUUCUUUACUUAGUG